AUGUGGCAGAGUCAAGCUUUUUACCCUGAAGAGCAUCGCACGGAGAUGAGGACUGUCAAACUUUACCAAGUCUACUUACUGGCGAGGAGCAUUCCUCAGUCGGAUAUCGGAAAGUCUAGAGCAGUUAGAAACGUCGCAUUCGACUCUGACUACUGUCCAGUUCUUCUCAGCUACAGGAUAAGGUUUUAUAGGAGAACUCGGUUAGUUCCUAUUCAACCGAAAAUCGACAUGGCAGGACAUGCCAUGACAAAGACGAAGAAUGCAGAACAAACUUCCGUUAACGUAUGUAUAUUCAUGUUGGUGUAUGGACCAGGAAAAAGCUUUGCAAUGGGAUUCCUUCGCAAAGUGCAUUCAGGACGAAUCGACAUCAAAGCGAAGGAGCUUGAAGGCGUAUGGGAGGAUAAGAACCUGCGGAAAGCUUAUGCUUCACUAAAUUAA